CAUCUGUCAAAGCGUGGUCUAAGUGAAAUUCUUGCUUGCUAUUUUCGUCAUUUUCUGGCCCCAAAGCCCCUGAAACGCGUUUUUAACUGGAGGAAAGUCUUAACGGGUGACGUCACGAUGCAUCGCACGCCAAAAGCCACACUCAACAAUGGCAGAUAAGUUCGAAAAACGACCCUGAAAAUAAUUGCAGUCUCAUAGAAGAAGAAAGAAAGAAAAAACUCUGUGUGUGUGUCGUAAUAAUAUUCCGUGAAAAAUCGUCUUUGUUUCAUUUCGACUUUUGUUUGUUAUAAUUUUGCAUAAUUUUUGGCAUUUAUUUCGUUGGAGACACGAAAAAUCGCGAGAAAGAUUUUUUUCCUGCAUCGCGGAGGUCACAAUUUCACCAACACACACACACACACACACAAUUUAUUUACCAAAGGAAUGGCAGACUUUGAUGCAAUUUACGAGGAUGAUGUGUCCGACGACGUGCUCGAUGACUCGCAUUACUCCACGAGACCGGAACCGAUCAUCAUACGCGGUUGCGGAAACUUUACAGUCUUUGGUUUAAGUAAUCGCUUCAACACAGAAUUUCCGUCGACGCUGACGUCCCGAGUCGCGCCAGAGGAGUUCAAGGCGUCCAUUAAUCGCGUUAACGCAGUCCUGAAGAAAACGCUGCCCGUCAAUGCACGCUGGCUGUUUUGCGGAUGCGUUUGUUGUUGUUGCACUCUCGGGUGCUCAUUGUGGCCUGUAAUAUGUUUAAGUAAAAAGACUCAAAGUACGUUGGAUAAGCUGUUAGAAUGGGAAAACAGUCAUUUGUACCGUAAAUUAGGUUUAAACUGGAGACUCACGAAAAAACAAUGUGAUUCAAGUUCAAUGAUGGAAUACGUCAUUUCAAUAGAGUUUUUACCAAAAACGCCAAUUUAUCGUCCAGAUUAAAUUUUUCUUUUCGGUUUUUUUUAAGUUACGAAUGAGAUCGCAUGGCAUGAACGAAGGUGAAAGAAAAAAAAUAUUUUAAAAAUUUGGAAUAAAUUCAGGUUGAAUGAUGUUGGACUGAUCCAAAUUUACCACAAAAAAAAAACGGAAACUGCACAUAAUGUAGAUACAAAAAAAAAAUAAAUAUAUUUUGAAUUAUCACUGCUAAUAUGAUAGAAACAACGUGAGAAAAAAUAUUUUUCAAAAAAUGUUCUUAAUUUUUUUUUAAUAAUUAAUUUUUUUGAGCAAAAGGAAGCCAACUUUAAGUUUAUUUAGUAUCUAAUGAAGUUAUAAAACAAAAAUUAAUUCUAGAAUAAAUUCUAGCUAGGAGAUCGUUUCUUAUGAUAAUUUAUUCUGUAAUGAAGCAACAAAUAAUACAAAUCGGUGUAAACAAGUGAAUUUUUUUAUUAUUAUUUUUUUUAAUUCUUAGGAUUAAUUUGAUGUAUGUUUUAGUGAAUAAUGAUUAAUAAUAUUGAUUGAACCUCCUUUAACAAAAUAAAUAGUU